CAUAACAUUGUUAGAAGCAUAUGGUUCGUGGUUUAGUCAAAGUUUUGUGAUAGACUUUUAUAAAUAUUUUGUACUUGUAUAGAAUUAAAUAUUAACAAUUUAGAUCAGUCGUUUGUAAAACUUAUCAAUAAAUUAAAAAAUCAUUCGCUAUCAAAAGUAGAAAGAAAGAAUAAAACUAAGUGCUAUUCAAUAAAAAAUGGCAUUAAUUAGAAGAGCAACUCAUGCUGGUAGUUGGUACGCAGGCUCUGGUUUGGAUUUAAAUAAACAAUUAGAAGGUUGGUUGGGUGCAGCAGACUUAUCACAUGGACCUGCUAGGGCAAUUAUUGCCCCACAUGCAGGUUACAGCUAUUGUGGAGCAUGUGCUGGUUUUGCAUACCGUCAAAUUAGUCCUGUAGUUGUGCGCAGAAUUUUUAUUCUUGGUCCUUCACAUCAUGUAAGAUUAGCAGGCUGUGCUCUUUCUUCUGCUUCAAUUUAUCAAACCCCACUAUAUGAUCUGCACAUUGAUCAGCAAGUAUGCAGAGAACUUGAAGAAAGUGGACAUUUUGAAUGGAUGGAUUUAAAUACAGAUGAAGAAGAACACAGCAUCGAAAUGCAAUUACCAUUUAUUGCAAAAGUUAUGGAAGGGUUUAAAGAUUCUUUUACUAUAAUUCCUAUAUUGGUGGGUUCAUUAAGUCCAGAAAGGGAAGCACUCUAUGGAAGAUUAUUAGCACCCUAUAUGGCUGACCCACAGACAUUGUUUGUAAUCUCUUCAGAUUUUUGUCAUUGGGGACAACGUUUUCGUUAUACGUAUUACGAUAGAUCAUGUGGUCCGAUUCAUAGAUCAAUUCAGAAUCUGGAUAAAAUGGGUAUGGACAUCAUAGAAACUUUAAAUCCCACAUUAUUUACAGAUUACCUUAAAAAGUAUGGUAAUACGAUAUGUGGUCGACAUCCUAUCAGUGUUUUGUUACAGAUAAUUCAUAACUUAAAAGGAAACACUAAUGGUCAAAGAAUGAGCUUAAAAUUUCUUAAAUACGCUCAAAGCAACCAGUGCAAUAACAUGAAUGAUAGUUCUGUCAGUUACGCCAGUGCUUCCUUGGUCAUUGAGUGAUAAAAUAUCUAAUUUUAAUAUUAUUAUUAUCGUUUAAAUAAUUUACAGUAAAAUGAAAGAAUCUUAAAACACAGGACAUAAAUUAAGUUGCAAUUUAUUGCAUGGAAUAUUUUUCUUAAUUGUUUGAAAAAAAGAUCGAUAUUUAUAAUGAAUGUGACAAAUAGAAACAUAUUAUUAUUUAAAAAUAUUUCGGUAUAUUACUUAUAAGAAAUCAGUACUUCCAGAUUUUCAUUAUGGAAGGAGCUUAAAUGUUUCUUUGCUUUGGUGCUUAGUACUACAGUUACAGAAGUACCAUAUAGUGCAUUUCAUACGUAUUGAAUAAUUUAUACAUAUGCAGAAAGUUCAUCUAUUGAUAGAAAAGAAGUUUACAAUUGUUUAGAGCAAUUGAUACUAAUUUUGAAUAUACAAGUAACUUGUUAGUUUGUAUUAUAUUGUUAAGGAAUUGUAAUGAAAUUGAACUUCAUUAAUUUGGUUUUAGUAUAAAAUUGCAUAUUUAAAUGUUUGGAAAUUGAUAGUUAAUAUUUCCCAUUAUUACGACAAUAAAUAAUAAGAAAAUAUUUUCACUCAGAUCGCAUUGUUUCUCUCAGGGAUAUGUAUAGACUUAAAAUGACAAAGUUACGACUGAAAUUUAUUUCUUUUCUGUUAUUAGUAUGAACAGUCUGCAUUGAACAAUAUUAAAUGAAAUACCAUUACAGAAAUAAGAGUAUGUAUACAACUUAAUCAUCUCCUAUUUAAAACAAAGCAAUGAAAUGAUCUCAUAUCCUUCCUAACCUACAUCUUGUUAUUUACAAUUAGCAUAAGAAAUUAAACGAUACAAAAAUUAUAUUGUUAUAAUGCCAUGAUAUAAGUGCGAAAAAGGAUUGGCAUGAAAAGAUGUGUAUAAAAUACUUCAAGUUAUUACUGAUAUUCUUUUACUCUUAAUAAGGUAUUAAGUGUUACAAUAGAGCAUUUUUGUAUUGUGAUUUAUGAAUGUGUAAUCUACAAAACUCAUUUUGUAAUAAAAUUAACUAACAUUUAUUACGUGU